UCCCUCUCUCCCUCCCUCCCGCCGCGACGCGAGCGCCACCCACCCAUGGAGGAGAACAUGGAGGAGGACUCGGAGGCCGUCAGCUACCAGCAGCUGAUGGCGGACGAUCACAACCACAACAACUGGGGGGAGGCCAACGCGGCAGCCUUCCCUCACCGCCCGCGCCCGCGCCCGCACCCGCUCGGCGCCGAGGAGCCGGGCCUACCCGAGGCCCCCGGGGGUGAGGACGGCGGAGGAAGAGGAGGAACAGUCCAGCGGCCGCAGCCGCCGCCCCCGCCCCCCCCGCCGCCCCCACCGCCGCUGCUCCACGACCCGAAGGAGUUCCUCCAGCACUUGGCCGUCAACGGAGACGGGGCGGCGCAUCGAGAGCCCGAGCCCAUCCUCGCCAACAAAGUGACCCUGAACAUUAACAGCUCGGCUUCCAAGUUCUUGAUGAAUGUUAUAACGACAGAAGACUACCAGAAUACAUAUUGGCCGAAGCUGAACAGUGCCAUCGAUCAGCUUCUGACGCAGACUCCUGGAGACUGCAUCCCUAUUUCCUAUGAACAGAUCUACAGCUGUGUUUACAAGUGUGUGUGCCAGCAACACUCAGAGCAGAUGUACUGUGACCUUAUCACAAAGAUAACCAGUCAUUUAAGGCGAGUCUCAGAGGAGCUGCAGGUCAGCCCUCCAGAUGUAUACAUUGAGAGGUUUAAUGCAGCACUCAGCCAGUACAUGGGAGCUCUGCAGAGUAUUGUGCCUCUAUUCAUUUACAUGAACAAAUUUUACAUAGAAACCAAACUUAACCGAGACUUGAAAGAUGACCUCAUAAAGUUGUUUACAGAACAGGUUGCAGAAAAGCACGUUUCCACCUUGAUGCCUUUACUAAUAGAAGCUCAGUCAACUCCAUUUAAGAUUACGCCUUCAACGAUGGCAAACAUUGUUAAAGGCUUGUACACUCUUAGACCUGAGUGGGCACAGAUGGCACCAAGUCUCUUUUCCAAAUUCAUCCCAAAUAUCCUUCCUCCGGCUUUGGAAUGCGAGCUGUCGGAGUAUGCCGCUCAGGACCAGAAACUCCAGCGAGAACUGAUGCAGAACGGCUUUGCCAGAGGUGAUCAGUCACGUAAAAGAGCUGGAGAGGAGCUAAUGUAUAAUGGGUCAACUUCAUGUGCAAGCGCAAGGGGAUUCAGAUAGUGAAAACAAUUGACAUUUCCUUGACAGAAAGACUGACCUACGAGGAGCAUGCCACAUACAUGAGACUUGUGCAGAGAUGGGGACCUACUGAAGAUCAGCCCAUAUUGCGUCCCCUUUCUCUUUUUUCCCCCCGCCACCCCCACCCCCUCAAAAAAAAAGACUUAACUCAAUUUUAUCUGAUGAUCAUGCUGCUAACUGACUUGGGAUUAUUCUUCCCAGUGGCUCUUAAUAUGGCUUCCUUCCUGGAUGUGAAUUGUAUAAGGUUUACCAUGAGUGAGCUUCAGGGAUCCCAUUGAUGGGAUUCUGAAUGGGACGCUUGCGAGAAGCACAGCUUCCAAUGACCCAUCUCCACCCACGCCUGACGUUUUAUCAUGGCUUUUAGUUUUACACUCAGACAGCUUGUAAAAGUUCAUCUAUUUUUCUUCCAUGUGUUUACCGCGACCAUCAGGAGGCUGCUUCUCCGGUUUUGACCUCUGAACGUUUACUUUCGGACAUGCAGGAAACUGAACUCUGCGACUGUUUACUGCGACUUACACGCUCAUCCCUUCACUAGCCAAUCGUGGUGUUUUAAGGCGUUCAUCUUCCGCCACUGUUUUCCUGAAGUCGUUAUUAAACCGAAUGUUUUUGUUUCACACGCGCUUCAUUUACAGAAGUGAGUGUACCGCGAUGGGGAAGAUGGUUUACGUGGCCCGGAAAUAUUUUGCUUUAACCCAUGUCGAGUUUUCACCGUUGAAAGGAUAAACCAAAAGUCAAACCUAUAGAUCUCAUCACCUGGUAAAAAUGCAUUAAUCCCCAGCUGCAUUGUUUUUUCAUUGAAUGUACUUCCUGUUGAAUACAAUACAACCCAAAGUUUCUGUUACUCAGCACUAAAUACUUGUCAUUGCACAAUAAUGAAUCCACGCUGCCUCUUCAAAGAUGUGCAGCAAGUGCCAUUAUACUGAAGUGACUCGCUUCAUUUUGACAGCAUGAGGUCUAUUGCCGUUUGAUUUAGAUUCUGUUAUUUCCUUUAUCUUUAUUGGCCUGCAAUCCUCAAUCUGAUUUAAUCAGAUGGCAGUCAUGGACAUGAUUUGUUUUGGAAAAGGUGGGUGGGUGGGCCUGGCGGGGGAGGGGAGAAGAUCACCUUACUUGGAUCUGAGUAGCCAAAGUUGAAUCGCACAAUUUGAUCUUGCUUUCAAUAUCGGCUGUUGUUUCACUGGGGAAAACAGCAAUCUUCAGGAGAGGGCAGACCGGCACCUAAUCAAUUGGUGGUUGAGCCAAUGAGUUUACUUCUGAGCCGUCUCCAUAUGAUGGCAAUGCUUGUAGGAAGUUUCUCGGCAAACAUUUCUAAGAACCCAAAUAGUGACUGGAAUUUGGGAGGCUGUAAACCUCCGUUGUGCAAUAACAUUCUUUAUGAGACUUGGGGGUCAUUGUAACAAAACCUUUUUUUGAUCAUUUCUGUAACCAUUGUAACAAAUAGUUUACACUUCCAACCCCUGUCUGCAGUCUGUCUGUAUGUUUUUUGCCUAAUGAUUCUUUGUGGAGGGAGUGUGGGUGUUAUACAGCACAAAAGAUUAAUGUAUAACAUCAUGUCUGAUUGGAUAAAAUUGACUUGUGGAACCACGCUAACCAGUAGCUGUCUGAGGGACCAAAACGAUAAGUACAACUGCUAUUAACCACAACUAGGAUACAAUGAAUAAGCAGCAGUUUUUAUCUGCAAUUACUGAAUUGGUUUCUCAAUGCAAUAAUGGAUUCAGCUUUCUGCUGUCACUUUUGUAAAUUACGGAACAUUAAUUUAGCGCUACAGAGGGUGCGAGGGACAAGCAGGAGCCAGUGCCAAUUGAGCGGAGGUGCCGAGUGGUGGAUUGGCGUGAGAUCGGAGAGGUAGGGAGGUGCCAGGGAGUGAAUGGAUUUGAACACGAGUGUGAAGAUCUUGAAGUCGAUCCGUUUGGUGAUGGGGAGCCAGUGGAGCCUGUGCCAGACCUGGCAAGAUAUAGGUACGGAGUUGGUUCGGGUAAGUAUGCGGGCGGCAGAGUUCUGAAUGAGCUGGAUCUUUGAAUAGUGGGGCUGGGGAGACCGGCGAGGAGUGUGUUUGAGCAAUCUAUACGGGAGGUGACAAACGCAUGCAUGAGGGAUUCAGAUGUGGGCAAGGUUUCGUUUUUUUAAAUAACUCAAAUCGUCAAUCAGAAAUCUAGGGAGUUACAGGACUGGGUGUCACAAUGUACUAGAAUAAUAUCCUUUUGCCUUUGGGACAUAAUAAAAGAUGAUCUUUGCAUUUGCUGUAA